GCGGCCGCCGGCGCACCGAUCAUGUCCUCCCCGGGGCCGCGACAGCCCCCGGCCGAGGUCUCGGCCUGGCCCGUGCCGCUCCUGCGCGCGCCUCCGGGGCUGCGGCGCCUGGAACCGAGCGGCGGCGCGCUGCUGCUGUGCGCUGUCGUCGCGCUGCUGGCCUGGAGGUGGCUGCGCCGGCACCGGGCGCGGGGCAUCCCCCCGGGGCCCACGCCCUGGCCCCUGGUCGGCAACUUCGGCUACGUGCUGCUGCCGCCUUUCCUCCAGCGCCACAGCUGGCUGAAACGCCGGGCUAGGGCAACGGGGUUGGAUCCCGCGACCGUGGGCCCACAGGUGCUCCUGGCUGACUUGGCCCGCGUGUAUGGCAACAUCUUCAGCUUCUUCAUCGGCCACUAUCUGGUGGUGGUGCUCAACGACUUUCACAGCGUGCGCGAGGCGCUGGUGCAGCAGUCUGAGGUCUUCAGCGACCGCCCACGUGUGCCGCUCAUCUCCAUCGUAACCAAGGAGAAGGGGGUUGUGUUCGCACAUUAUGGUCCAGUCUGGAGACAACAGAGGAAGUUCUCUCAUUCAACUCUUCGUCAUUUUGGGUUGGGAAAACUAAGCUUGGAGCCCAAGAUUAUUGAAGAGUUCAAAUAUGUGAAAGAGGAAAUGCAGAAGCAUGGAAAAGACCCAUUCUGCCCUUUCCCCCUCGUCAGCAAUGCCGUAUCCAACAUCAUUUGCUCCUUGUGCUUUGGCCAGCGCUUUGAUUACACCAACAGUGAGUUUAAGAAAAUGCUCAAUUUUAUGUCACGGGGAUUAGAAAUCUGUCUGAACAGCCAGGUCCUCCUGGUCAACAUAUGUUCCUGGCUUUAUUAUCUUCCCUUUGGACCAUUUAAGGAAUUAAGACAAAUUGAAAAGGAUAUAACCAGUUUCCUUAAAAAAAUCAUCAAGGACCAUCAAGAGUCCCUGGAUAGAGAGAACCCUCAGGACUUCAUAGACAUGUACCUGCUCCACAUGGAAGAAGAGAGGAAAAAUAACAACAGCAGCAGUUUUAAUGAAGAGUAUUUAUUUUAUAUCAUUGGGGAUCUCUUCAUUGCUGGGACUGAUACCACAACUAACUCUUUGCUUUGGUGCCUGCUGUAUAUGUCACUGAACCCUGAUGUACAAGAAAAGGUUCAUGAAGAAAUUGAAAGGGUCAUUGGUCCCAACCGAACCCCUUCCCUCACAGACAAGGCCCAGAUGCCCUAUACAGAAGCCACCAUCAUGGAGGUGCAGAGGCUAACUGUGGUGGUACCACUCGCCAUUCCUCAUAUGACUUCGGAGAAAACAGUGCUCCAAGGGUAUACCAUUCCUAAAGGCACAUUGAUCUUAGCCAACUUGUGGUCAGUACACAGAGACCCAGCCAUCUGGGAGAAACCAGAGGAUUUUUACCCUAAUCGAUUUCUGGAUGACCAAGGACAACUUAUUAAAAAAGAAACCUUUAUUCCUUUUGGAAUAGGGAAACGGGUAUGUAUGGGAGAGCAACUGGCAAAGAUGGAAUUAUUUCUGAUGUUUGUCAGCCUAAUGCAGAGCUUCACCUUUGCUUUACCUAAGGAGUCCAAGAAGCCCAUCCUGACUGGAAGAUUUGGUCUAACUUUAGCCCCACAUCCAUUUAAUAUAAUCAUUUCAAAGAGAUGAAGAACAUCUCCAAAAAGAGAUAGUAAAAAGAUAAAUACAUGUCCUCCUAAACAGAUUCUUUCUACUGCAAUUGACAAUGUAUCCAGUAAGUCAGCCAAUCUAGGUUAGGCUCAGAUUAGGGAGAGACUGGAAAGAGGAUAGAGCAUGGAGUUUUCAUCUUGGAGGAUUCCUCAGCAGGAUACUUCAGCCAUUUUAGUAACUCUUGUCUGUGAUUUGGGAGAUGGGGACCAAAGUACUGAGGAAACAGGGUAUCAGUUUUCUUUGCAGUGGCUUCUACCAAUGAGCAAUCUUCUCAUCUCUCAGUACCUCAGAUAUCCCAUGCGUAAAAUGAGGGUAACAAAACUUGCCUUCUCUCUAUCUCUCAGCA